AUGUUUCAGGAUAACGUUGAGAAUGGAAUAAUAAACCACUUACUAAAUGCUGCAACGUGUAUACUCUAGACUGCUUACCAUUAAAAAAACAAAACAAAAAAACAGAAUGUGAAACAAAAUACAUCAUGUAGUAUAUUACGUUAUUUUUACAUGAUGUCAUCAUAAUGUGUCUACAGAACAAAUUUUGUAGGACAUUGUAUUUACACAGAAAAAUUGCACGUUGUGCACAAUAUACACUACCUUUCAAAGGCUUCAUUAGGCUGCAUUUUAUCUUUUUUUUUAUAAAAUUCUAUUAAAAAAUACAGUAAUAUUAGGAUAUAUUAUUCAAUGAAAAUAACUGUUUCUAUUUUAAUAUAUGUUAAUGUAAUUUUUUCCUGUAAUGGCAAAGCUGAAUUUUUCCUUACUCUAGUCUUCAGUGUCACAUGAUCCUUCAGAAAUCAUUCUAUUAUGCUAAUUUGGCGGUCAAAUAACAUUUCCUAUUAUCUUCCUAUUAUCUUCAUACUUUUAUGGAAACACUUUAGAUUCUCUGAAUAAAAUAUAAAGGAUUAAUUUCUUACUCCAAAAAAUGUAAACAGUAGUUCAUAUUAUAUUCUGAAAUGUAUUGGUAGUAUUGUAAAUUGUAUGGUAGUAUUCUUUUCUGAACAUAGCCAUGCAUUGUCUUUACAUGCAGUGAAACCUCCUAUAUACCAGGUGGCGCAAUUAGCUGCAUAACCCCAGUAAAGUUCUUACCGUAAUCUUCUUAGUUACAGUCCCCCUCCCUCUCAGCCAUCUGCUUUGGCUCAGAAGUGAAGUUCAUUUUCUUACUGAGGGCUAAAGAAGAGAUCUGUCCAUCUCAGGAUGUAUAAUGCUUUUGACAGCCGUUGGGAAAAUGAAAGCAAGGACGAUGAAGGAUCUCUGUCCUCUUCCUCCUUCUGGACAGAUCAGGAAAGUGAGGGGGAAAACAGAGCCAAUGAGAGAAAGCCUGAAGAAGACCAUAAGGAUGUCAAAGAAUGCUUUUUAAUGGGAGGUGAUGAAAAGAAGAGCCUGAAGGAGAUGCUUCAAGAGAAUGAGUUCGGGAAGGAGAAAUAUCCUGAGGAAGAAGAAGAAAGAGAAUGUUUCAUAGAUGAUGAAAAUAAAAACAGCAUAGAGAUAACAAGAACAAGGCAAGAUAAAGAGGAGGAGGAAGAAUGUGGAGAGGAGGAGGAGGAGGAAGAAUGUGGAGAGGAGGAGGAGGAAAGUGGAGAGGAGGAGGAAGAAAGUGAAGAGGAGGAAGAAGGAAGUCGAGAUGAAAAAGAAGAUCUGUGUGAACAACAGACAGGAAAUGAAGAGGAGGAAGAGGAUGAUGCAAAAGAAAGUGAAGAGGAGGAAAAAGGAAAAGAGCUUGAAGAGGAAGAAGAAUUUGAGCUGUGUGAACAGGGGAAAGGGAAUAAAGAGGAAGAGUCAGAAGAAAGUGAGGAGGAAGAUGAUAUGAGUGAGGAUGAAAAGGACUGUGAGGAGGAGAAAGAAAGCUCUGCCAGUGCAGAAAACACUGAGGAAAAUGAAGAGACUAAAGCCCAAAGUGAUGAUUCAGAGGGUGAGAAAGAUCAGGAGUGUGAGGAAGAGGAGUCUUUUUCAAAAGAGGACUCAAAAAGUGAAGAAAAGUGUACAGGUGAAUUAUCAGAGUGUGAGGAAAAGAAAGAGAGCCUCACCAAGGAAGAGAGCACAACUGGAAGUGGGGAGGAAAAUAGCCAAAAUGAAGGAGAUAGUGAAGGCGCUGAGGGAAAAAGAGAUGGUGGUAAAUCUUUGGUGAAGGAAGAGAGAACAAGAAAUUCUGAAAGCGAGGGAUCAGAGAAUAGCAAACAGAAAGCACCUAACAAUGAGGAAGAAGAGCAAAAAGAUAGUACAGAGGAAAUCCCUGACAGCGAUGAGGAGAGGAAUUGUGGAAAUGAAUAUGACGAAGAGAUUGGAAAGAGCAGGCCUGGAGCAGAUGAAUGUGAUAACUGGAUGGAAGAAGUGACACAACACAAUUCAGGUGAAGAGGCUGAUGAAGUAUCUAAAGGAGGCAGUGAGGAAGAAGAGGAGAGAGGGUGGCUUUUCAGUGAACCUGUUGAGGAGAAGGAGGCUUGUGACCAGGACAGGAAGUCAUGGGCAAGUGAUGAUGACUAUGUUACAAUAGCCAGUGGCCAUUCACAGAAAGACGAGGAAGAGAAUUAUAACAUGAGACCUGCUUGGGAACAAGAGCGCGAUGACGUACAGCAGACGAAGGAAACUCGAGACGUCUAUGUUGAGGAUUUUCAUGAAAGUCUGGGCAGCCCUGCGGCAAGCGUUUUAACUUCCGGUUACGACACAUACAGACCAGACUCGCCUAAAGACGGAGACCCGGAGGAAGUGGAUUAUAGAGACGACUCUACUCUGGCUGGAUUAGAAGAAGAGAGUGAAUCAAUCUUUCAGGCAUUAGAAACACCUGAUGGACAAGCUCCUGCUGAAUCGCCGGAUGCUAGUCAAGAUGUAACCGUCUGUACCAUGGAUGGAUCUGACGACGACAGCCAUCGGUCUCCUGACUUCCCAAACCGAGAGCAUCAAACCGACCUGUGCCGGAGUCCCACACAGAACGACACUGGAACUCAACAUGGAGGCUCUGAGAAUGUGGCAGAUUUCACUGAAGGCUGGGAGGUGGAGGAUUUGCGGGACAGUCUUGACCACCCCUUUAAUUUGAGGCACAGGAGAGGCAUAGUUCAAAAGAGACCUGAGGAGAAACAGUACAAUGAUGGAUAUGAUGACAGCAAGAAGAGGAGGAAGGAGAAGAGAGUCCGAGCUUAUGCUUACACUGGCUGCCUUGGUACAGUCAGUGAGCUGGAGGAGCGUUUGGACCAAAUGCGGAUCGGUGCAUCUCGUGUGCACUACGACUCGGAGAGUGAAGAAACCGGAAGCUAUACUGACAGAUCCAGCUCUGUGACAGAGGAACCCCAGAGUGCUUUCCGAGAAUACAUCAAAGGCAUGACACGAUCACACAGUGAGAGUGAUAUCCGACCCCGUCCAAAGUCAUUUAUACGGCCAGUUUUUGAUCAUCCUCACACAAGGAACUUGAAGAAAAAUGAUCCAGUGGCGAAGUAUUUCCAGUAUAAGCAGGACUGGGAGAUGUUUAAACCUCCAGGAGAGAAGAGCAGGAAGGAGCUGCACUGGGCCAUCAGGGAACAACUUAUGUAUCAGCCUCCACCACCGAGACCUCAGAAGACAUACAUCCCCAACAAUUAUGUGGUUCCAACAGAGAAGAAGCGAUCUGCACUAAGAUGGGAGAUCCGACAUGAUUUAGCACAUGGCAUUAUCCCAACAAAAAUCUCCUAUCCUUGACAUAGAGAAUGUUCCACCUAUGCCUUAUCUUUUAUAUAUGCUUAAUACUAUUAUUUAUUCAUGAUAUUGACAUUUUUUUACUCCAUUGCACAUGUGAAAUGAGACCUCAAGAUCAUUGUUUUUAUGAA